GGCCGCCCGGCCCCUGCCUCGAGCGCCGCGCGCGGAGCCCAAGAGGAAGGCACCGGGGUGGGCCCGGCCGGGCGGCCCUCGGAGCUGCCGGGGUCGACCCCUCCGGGGGCGGGGCCUCGGGACUCGCUGAAGCGCGGCGUGGGGGCGAGGAGGGCGGGGAUGGGUAGCGUGGCGCCUUUCUCCGCCUUCGAGCCGGCCCCGGCGCGGGGCUGAAGGGAGGGGUUGGCUCAGAAGUCGCUCCUUCCCCCAGCAGGGGCGCCCGGCGAGUCCCCGCGCGAGCGGAGAGUGGCGGCGGCGGCGGCGGCAAAGUUCCCGGGGCUUCUCGCAGGCUGCUGUCCGGGCUGCCUGGUCGGCCCCCCCCCCCCCCCCCGCCUGGCCGAGGCAAUGGCUUCCAAACUCCUGCGCGCGGUCAUCCUCGGGCCGCCCGGCUCGGGCAAGGGCACCGUGUGCCAGAGGAUCGCUCAGAGCUUUGGCCUCCAGCAUCUCUCCAGCGGCCACUUCCUGCGGGAGAACAUCCGAGCCAACACCGAAGUUGGUGAUAUGGCAAAGCAGUACAUCGAGAAGGGUCUUUUGGUUCCAGAUCAUGUGAUCACACGCCUGAUGAUGUCAGAACUGGAGAACAGGCGCCUCCAGCACUGGCUACUAGAUGGUUUUCCUAGGACAUUAGUUCAGGCUGAAGCCCUGGACAAAAUCUGUGAGCUGGAUCUAGUGAUCACUUUGAACAUUCCAUUUGAAACACUCAAAGAUCGUCUCAGCCGACGUUGGAUUCACCCUCCUAGUGGAAGGGUAUAUAACCUGGACUUCAAUCCACCUCACGUACAUGGGAUUGAUGACAUCACGGGUGAGCCAUUAGUCCAGCAGGAGGAUGAUAAACCUGAAGCGGUGGCUGCCAGGCUAAGGCAGUACAAGGAUGUGGCAAAGCCAGUCAUUGAAUUAUACAAAAGCCGAGGAGUGCUCCACCAAUUUUCUGGAACGGAGACUAACAAAAUCUGGCCCUAUGUUUACACACUUUUCUCAAACAAGAUCACCCCUAUCCAGUCCAAAGAAGCAUACUGAGCCCGCCCAAUGGAAGAACCAGGAAAAAGUUGUUCUUUCAGUUGUAUGUGUAGUAUUGGUGCCGUGUCCAAGUUAGAAGCUAGUGGGGAUAGCUUUCAGCGUCUUUUCUAGUUUAACUGGUGGACUGAAAUGAAAAUGAAUGAGUAGAAUGCGUUCCUGAAGAGGCUCCUCUGCCUUUCACAAGAAGGGUCACCUACACUUGUCUAAGAUGCCUCUGCACAUCUCAAGCACUUCACAGGAAAGCAAGUCCAGUCUGAAUUGCCAACGGCGUCUAACCCAAACUCUCGCUGAUUUACACUCGUCAUGUUGUUGCCAUAGUAGCCUUCUCACACGUGACACUGUCGGCCUCUGGUUUCCCUGUCCCCCAAAAGCUGUUGAACCACAGCAUCAGGAGGCCUGAAAAGGCCCAGGGCAGUGGCCACAGCCUUGUCCCAAGUUCUCUGGUAGGUGCCCCUCCUGCUGACUGUGCGAUGGAAGCCAGUUGCUCUUUGUGGUUGCUGCUCUGGCCUUGAGUGACUGUCCACAAGUUAUUUUUUUCUCUUAGGAGUGAUACCUUUUCUGCAUCCAUGCUCCAUAGAGUCUUUCCUUUGCAGACAUCCUGGAAUGAAAGGAUUUGGCUUCUACUAUUUUUAUUAAACUAUUUUUUUUUUUACAUCUGUUUUCUCCCUUCCUAGGCUAUGAAGCAAUACAGAUAGUUACUGCUUUUAUCCCUCUCAGAUCCCUUUCUAAGAACUGAGAGCGAGGGGAGGGCGUCAGAUCGCUUCCUGCACCAGGAACAGAGUUCUGCAAAGGGUCUACUUACACUGCUGGGCUGACUCUUAUGGGGUGACACUGCCCUUUGCUUUUAUUGUGAAAAAAUAAAAUCCUCCAAGCCUUUGGGAGUCUUCAAAAAAAAAAGAGAUGCUUACCGACAUAAAUGUUAAAGUAUAUCUUGUGUAUAGAAGUAAUAACACCAUAUGAAAUUAUUGCACUAAAAGAAUGGUUUAGCUUUUUAUUCAAGACAAAAAAAUGUAUUUUGAGAUGCUGCUAAAUAUUGAUGCUGACAGUGUUUUUCUCCUGUGAGUGACCCAAGCAUAUUAUAAAUAGUUGGUAAGGGGAAGGGAGCCUAUGGGUUGAGGAAAAUGUUGCACUAGCUGUGUCCAGAUUAAGUAUGACAGCUUGAUGAUUAUGGGAAAACAAAUUCUUAGAGCUUUUUUUUCUAUUCCAAAGAUGCUUUCUAUGGGGUGGCCAUUAAGUCUAGAAAUAUAGAUAAUACAAUUUUGUCAUUCUUUGUAAUUGUAAUAUCAAUAAAUCAUUUAUUAAAGAUUUGCCUACUUUCCAGACUUGGUGGCCACCUAAUGUAAUUCUUGCUCUCCUCUGGGAAGGACAAUGAAAUUUAUUCCUGUUGCCUUAAAAAUAAAUACCCUUCUCCAUGCAUUGUGAUUGUCCCUAAGGAAGGUCCUUUGCUAUUCCUGGGAGCGACUUCUGACUAACUUUUCAUACUGGAGAGGCAAAAAAAAAAAACCUAUUUCAGCAUGCCAAUUGUGUUGCAAUGUGUUAUUUAUUUUCUGAAGAUGUCCCAGCAAAUCUCCAGUUAAUUCCCUGGCAUAACUGUUCUGUAUAGUAAUGAUUGCGUCUUCCUUACAAAAACUGCCCCACCCUUGCCGGUUCCUCUCCCUCUAUUCCUUCAUGUGACUGUUCUUUGACUACCCUAGUGGAAACGUAGACUGGUCUCCUCAUUCUCUGAAUCACCAUGUUACUUUAUAGGUUUAUGCAAUAGAAGUGCCCGGUUCAGGUCCAUGAAACAUCAGUGCGUGAUACAGUCUUCCGAGUGCUUCAGAAGAGCCAUGUUUGAAUGUCAGUUGGUGGGAUCAGGGUGAAAAUCAGACAGAUAGGUACAGCUCAGGUAUCCUGGGGAACCAGAUAUAGAGAAAACAAGUCUGAAAUGAGGAAAAUUGCACAAUUCAGAUUAGUAUUGCCAUGGAGACAAUUUCCACAAACAAGGAAAAGUAGAGCGUUAAGGCUAUUAUAUGGGGAAUACAAGAAAGGAAAGUUUGUGUCCUACUAGAAGCAGACCGAUCUUCACAAAUGCUUCCCUUAGUUCUUUGGUCUUUACCAGACUCCCUUUGGAGUUCGUGAGAGAGGUACGGGAAAUGGGAAAUGGCUGGUCCCUGAUACCAUGCCCUAGUCCUCUGUCCUUGCCUCCUCUCCUCCAGCAAAACAGACUGUUACAGUCAGCAUUAGAGUCCUUCAGUGUGUCAGUGGCAUUUGCUGUUUCUGAGGCAGCCCAGCAAUUGAGGGUCCUGUGCUUGGUGAGACCAAUAAAAAAGACAGACACCUUUCCCAUGGUCUUUGAAAGAUGAUAAUUUAUUUCAUGCACAGUGGCCUAAAAAGUCUGUCUGAUUUUCUUCAACAAGCUCUCUAGGUUUUCCUCCAGUAUUGUGAAAAAUUAAAAUUCCCUUGAAAAUAUUUUGACAAAAACAAAAGGAACAUCUU